AAUGAAUGUGGAACAUGAAAUUAGCCUCUUAGUUGAGGAGAUUCGGCGGCUGGGAACCAAAAAUGCUGAUGGACAAGUGAGCGUGAAAUUUGGCGUGCUCUUUGCUGAUGAAAAGUGUGCCAACCUCUUUGAAGCCCUAGUGGGAACUCUUAAGGCUGCAAAGCGAAGGAAGAUUAUAACUUAUCAAGGGGAGCUACUUUUACAAGGUGUUCAUGACAAUGUUGAUAUCAUACUGCUGCAGGACUGAUGCAGUGUUUCAGCUAUGCAUUAACGGAAUUGUUUGAGACAGUGACUUGCAACGUCCUCUGAAUAAGGCUGAUCAUUCUAAGGUGUUCUGAUGUAUUUUCUAUACCUUUAUAGUCAAAAGGAAACUAUCCUAUUUUGUAAAACAUUCCCUUUUGUAAUUCUUCCUAAAAUGGUAC